CUCUCGCGUGUCCAUUUCACGAAUUCCUCGUCUCCACCUCUCUCUCCCUCUCUCUCCGCUUUCUCCCCCUUUCCUCCACUCGCCUCACGCCACACCCCUCUCUCCCGACCACCACCCGCCUCCGCCGCCGCCUCCGCCUCGGUUCGGGUCGGCUUGGCUGCUCCGGCGUCUGUUGGACGGUGGGCGCGGCGGCGGCGGCGGCCGCGGGCAAGGGGCGGUGGGGGUGGGGGUGGGGGCGCUUCUAGGGUUUGGUGGGGUUCGGGCGGGCGCGCCGCCGUGUUUGGGGUAGCCAUGUCGCAGACGAACUGGGAGGCGGAUAAGAUGCUGGAUGUCUACAUAUAUGACUACUUUAUGAAGAGAAAUCUGCAGGCAACUGCAAAGGCCUUCCAAGCAGAAGGGAAGGUCUCUUCGGAUCCAGUUGCGAUUGAUGCUCCUGGUGGUUUUCUUUUUGAGUGGUGGUCAGUUUUUUGGGAUAUUUUCAUAGCAAGGACAAAUGAGAAGCAUUCAGAUGUUGCGGCUUCAUAUAUUGAAACUCAGCACAUGAAAGCCAGGGAGCAACAACAGCAGCAGCAGCAGCAACCUCCUCAACAGCGACAACAGCAACCACAGCAUAUACAAAUGCAACAAAUGUUGCUACAAAGAGCAGCACAGCAGCAGCAGCAACAACAGCAGCAGCAACAGCAGCAGCAGCAACAGCAGCAACAGCAGCAGCAGCAGCAACAACAACAGCGCAGAGAUGGUACUCAUCUUCUUAAUGGUACUGCAAGUGGACUUCCUGGAAACAAUCCUUUAAUGCGGCAAAACCAGAGUACUGCAAAUGUUAUGGCAACAAAAAUGUAUGAGGAGAGGUUAAAGUUGCCUUCCCAGAGAGAUGGUUUGGACGAGGUGUCAAUUAAGCAAAGAUAUGGAGAGAAUGCUGGACAACUACUUGAUUCAAACGAAGCGUUGUUGAAAGCAUCUGCAAGUGGACAAUCUUCAGGGCAAAUUUUGCAUGGUACUGUUGGUGGUCUGUCAGGCAGUCUGCAACAAGUUCAGUCCAGGAGUCCACAGAUUCCUGGGCCAGCUCAGAGUAUCAAGACAGAGAUGAAUCCCAUUUUGACACCAAGGUCAGCAGGUCCUGAGGGGUCAUUUAUUGGUGUCCAAGGGUCUAAUCAAGCUGGAAACAAUUUGACUCUGAAAGGAUGGCCACUCACGGGACUUGAACAACUUCGCUCUGGACUUCUGCAGCAGAAGUCAUUUGUGCAGAAUCAACAGCAAUUACAACAGCAGAUUCAUUUUCUUACCCCGCAACAGCAGCAGCAGCUUAUGUUGCAGGCUCAGCAAAAUAUGGCUUCCCCAACAUCUAGUGAUGUUGACAGCAGACGAUUAAGGAUGAUGCUUAACAACAGGAAUGUUGGGCAGACAAACAGUGGUGGUGAUAUUAUUCCAAAUAUUGGUUCUCCUAGUCUAAGUGGUGGAGAUGUAGAUAUCCUGAUAAAGAAGAAAAUUGCUCAGCAGCAACAAUUAUUACAGCAGCAAAGCAACAGCCAGCAGCAUCCACAGCUUCAGCAGCCUGCUGUCUCCAGUCAGCAGUCUCAAAGCUCAAAUCAGUUUCUCCAACAAGAAAAACCAGGAAUCGGAACUAUGCCUGUUGAUGGGGGCAUGCCAAACUCUUUCGGUGGAGUUGAUCAAACUACAAAGAAGAGGAAGAAACCUGGUUCAUCCUCUGGUAGAGCCAAUAGUUCAGGAACUGCAAAUACUGCUGGCCCUUCUCCAAGUUCUGCACCAUCAACGCCUUCCACUCAUACACCAGGAGAUGCAAUGUCUAUGCCACAGCUGCAGCAGAAUGGUGGUUCCGCAAAACCAUUGGUAAUGUUUGGCUCUGAUGGUGCUGGAAGUUUGACGUCUCCAGCAAAUGCACUGGCUGACGUGGAUCGUUUGCUAGAAGAUGGUUCAUUGGAUGAAAAUGUUGAAUCUUUUCUAUCUCAGGAUGACAUGGACCCUAGGGAUUCAUUGGGGCGCUCCAUGGAUGCUAGUAAAGGGUUUGGUUUUGCUGAAGUUGCGAAGGCACGUGCAAGUGCAACCAAAGUUACCUGUUGUCACUUCUCCUCUGAUGGCAAACUGCUCGCUACUGGUGGACAUGAUAAAAAGGUUCUUUUAUGGUGUACAGAGCCUGCUCUAAAGCCUACAUCUUCAUUAGAAGAACAUUCGGCAUUGAUUACGGAUGUUCGAUUUAGUCCAAGCAUGUCACGGCUUGCUACAUCUUCCUUUGACAAAACCGUGCGGGUUUGGGAUGCUGACAAUACAAGUUAUUCACUCCGUACUUUCACGGGUCAUUCAGCAUCUGUUAUGUCACUUGACUUCCAUCCGAACAAAGAAGAUAUGAUUUGCUCCUGUGAUGGUGAUGGUGAAGUCCGCAGCUGGAGCAUAAAUAAUGGUAGCUGCCUGACCUUUGUUAAGGUCUUUAAGGGAGGUGCUACUCAGAUGCGAUUUCAACCUCAAAAGGGAAAAUAUCUUGCAGCUGCCUCAGAGAAGGCCAUCUACAUACUUGAUGGAGAGACACAACUUGCUUGUAGAAACCCUCUGCAGGGGCACACAAAGAAUAUUCACUCACUUUGUUGGGAUUCUACCGGUGACAAUCUGGCUUCUGUCAGUGAAGAUAGUGUCAGAAUAUGGUCGUUUGCUCCUGGACAUGACGGUGAAUUUGUGAAUGAGUUGAGUUGCAGCGGGAACAAGUUCCAGUCAUGCGUUUUUCACCCCUCUUACCCAUAUUUGCUAGUAAUUGGAUGCUACGAGUCUUUGGAACUCUGGGACAUUAGGGAGAAGAACGCCAUGACGGUCCACAGUGCUCAUGAUGGUUUAGUUGCAGCGCUAGCAGCAUCGAGCGCAACAGGCAAGGUUGCCUCAGUAAGCCAUGAUAGGUUUGUCAAGCUCUGGAAAUGACUUGCUCCAGGUGACCACAUGACAAAAGAGGGUAGCUAACAAAAAAAAAAAAUCUUGAACCGCUUUGGGUGCAAGAACUAACCUGGUUUGUGUUUUGUGGUUGUCUUCAGUUGUACCGUGUAUGCUGCUCUAUUAGCUUCUGAAGUUUGUAACUCUGUAGAAAUGUUUGUUGGCGUGCUGUAACUCUCAACAUGUCUCUGAUUUGUACUGAUCAUAAGUUACAAAGUCUGUUAGUCUUUUUCCUUA